CCGGAAUUGAUCAAUUGGUCAAACUUAUAAUCGAAAUGUGAUUAAAUUCCUCAAUAUAAUAGUACUGUUAAGGACUGGUAUUUAAUUUGGACAAAUUAAUAAGAAGCUAUAUAGAUCGGUCAUCAGAAGAGUUGAAGAUCGAAGGUAGAAGGGAAAUGGGAGGAGAAAGGGCGGCAUGCUUUAUACCAUUCAAUGAGAGAAACUUGGAUCUGAGCUUCUUCAUAUUGAGGCCAACCAUAGUAAUGGUGGAUCGUCUCCUCGCCGCUCUCGAGCAAUUCUCAUCCUCCGCCCACUCCCUUGGUUGCAUUCACAGCUCUGUUUUCAAGAGCAUCCAUGGCAAUCUGAUUGUAUGGUAUGGAGCAUGGAUAAAGAGACCAUAUAAAAAUGGUAGAGAAUUACUAAAUGCUUCUCUUCUUUCAAGGCUAAGAAACGACGUAUCAAGCAUGGCCAUACUCCUAGAGCACGGAUUCUAUGACGCCUACGCCGGAGAAGCAAGAGACGGCACCCUAGCAGCAAAAUUCUUCACCGGGGACACCAUCUCCCUGCAUGCGAUCUCCUUCUCAACAUGCAUCAAAGAAGAUAAUACAAACAUAAUAAUGAGUGAUUUCUCCUAUGCAUGUUUGGCCAUAUUUAAAGACAGGUUCAUAAAAAUGGAAGGAGCCAAAGCAGGGGCUUGCCUCAAGUCCGCUAGGUUAUCCAAGGUUUGUGCAGUGUUUGUUUGGAGGUCUUUGCAGAGCUGCUAUUCCUACAUCCUCAGUGAAGAUUAUAGGAGUAUUUUGCCUUAUUACCUUGAUGGGUUGUCGAUUGACAUUAAGUAUGAUAUCUUCAGGGUUGUGUUUGUAAGUGAUGAUAAUAGUAGUGCAUUGAACAAUCAAUUUUUCCUGGCUUCACGUUUGAUGUUACAGAGAAAGGCAAUGGAUAAGGUUGUUCCAGAUUCCAACAAGAUUACAGACUAUGAUGUAUAAACUGUAUAAAAUGUUUUGUUGUGGUAAUUAACCAACAGUAGAGAUAAUAAGUUUUGUACAGGGACUUUGUACGUAGUAUAAGUUUUGUUAAGGAGAAACAUGUUCUAGAGAUAAUAAUGUGUACAGGGACUUUGGAAUGCAAGUCCUACCUACCUAGGAAAUGUUAGUUUAAACCAUGACAGCAUGCAUAUGUGAAUCAACAUGCAAACAUAUAAUUAUAUUGUUUGACUUUAUU